AUGCCAUAUGGACAGUUUUCAUUGGAUGAGAGCAUGAUCAAAUUCAAAGGAAGACUGGGAUUUCGACAAUACAUGCCAGCGAAACCUAUCAAGUGGGGUGUGAAAAUGUGGUCAUUGUGCGAGGCAGAUACUGGUUACUUGUACAACUUCCAGAUUUACACUGGUAAAGAUCAGGGUGUUCAAGAGAAAGGUCUGUCACACCGUGUGGUUAUGGAUUUGUGUACACCACUGUUUGGCAGCAAUGCACAUGUUUACAUGGACAAUUUUUAUUCAGGAAUCGAGUUGUUUCAUGAUUUGCGUGUGCAUGGUGUCUUUGCCUGCGGAACUAUUAGGGCGAAUAGAAAAGGCUUACCCAUUGGAAUAUUGCCAAAGAACACCAAGCUUGAAAAACACCAGUACAAAGUUGCCCAGAAAGAUGAUCUAACUUGCUGCAUUUGGCAAGAUACGAAACCAGUUCUGUUCUUGUCAAAUUUUCAUUCGCCUGAUAAUACUGGAACUGUUUCAAGAAGAAACAAUGCCCGACAGAAAGUAAUUGUGAUGACACCGGCAAUUGUCAGUGACUACCAGAUAAACAUGGGAGGUGUGGAUCGUAUGGAUCAGAUGAUACAUUACUACAUGAUCAAGCAUCGCUCACGCAAAUGGUGGAGACGUAUUUUUUUCAGUGUGGCAAUGUCAGUUGCGCAUAAUGCCUACAUAUGUGCGAAGGAUGAGUAUCCAGUUCAGUCAAUGAAUCGCUGGCCCAACUUCCAGGAUUUUAUUGAGGACUUAUCAGAAGGACUAAUAGGUGACACCAGAGCAAAAAAGGCAAUUAUGGUGUGUAAUGUUGAAAGGCCAGUGCUGGAACAUAAGAUUGAAAAAAAUUUCACCAAACGAAAAGUGUGUUGA